AUGAGGAGCUCGUCGUUCGGAAUUCAUCUUCCGAUUUCGUGUUUGAUUUUGCUUACAUUCGCGGGCAUCGCGCGAGGGGGAGUGCUCUUCUCCACUCUGCCUCGGACGAUGAACAUCGAGGCUCGCAUCGAAAGCCAGGGGACGACCUCUGGGGUCGCGAAGGCCGGCGAGGACACGCUCCUGGUGUCGUGGGGCUUGAACACGGAGCUUUCUCCUUCCGUGGACGACGACUACGUCGACGUGCAGCUGAGGUUGUGUUUCGCUCCGGUGAGCCAGAAGGAUCGCAGCUGGAGGAAGACCGACGACGAUCUGCACCGAGACAAGACUUGUACGAUCGACAUCUGCUCGCAUCCGUGGUACUCGGCUGCCAGCGACGGGUCGGUCUGGAAGCUGGCCAAGGACAUUCCCGGCGCGACUUACUUCGUCCGCGUCUACGCCACUGACAGGGACGGCACAGAGCUCGCCUAUGGCCAGACAACCGAUGCAAACAAGACCACCAAUUUGAUUACCGUCGAUCCGUAUACCGGAAGACAUGCAUCCAUCGACCUCGCUUCCCUGGUCCUCUCCGCGAUCUCUCUCGGAGUUCUAUUCGUGUUCUUGUUCGUUGAAGCCCUCGACCACAGAAAUGUGAAGAAAAAAGGAGGCAAGUGA